CCCCUCAUUUUCUUCGCUGUCUCUCUCUCUCUCUCUCUCUCUCCCUUGGAUUUGCAGGCAGCUGAAAAGCCCUAGUUCUCUUGAAUUUCGAACAACGCACUCGAUGGUACUGCAGACCUUGAGGCCAAUAAAAUCAAAAAAUUUGAAGUUAACUUUUUCUCUUUUGGUUUCGUAAUUAUUUACUCUGUUUUAUGUAAGAUCUGACACCCUAUCUCUACUCUGCUCUUUCUAUUUUAUUUUCCGUUUGGUUUCUGAGAAAACAGAGGAAGAUGAGACAAAACCUGGAGCCUGCCCUGUCCUGGUCGCGGUUUGAAUGGUUCUGAAUUUCCCAAGUUUUCUUAUCUUUUUGGCCGUUUUCUCAGCAGCCAAACACAGCUACUUCUAGAAAAGAGGUCACUUUUUUUAUGCUAAUUUGUGAGAAUCGUUUCAAUUUUGAUGGUUUUAUUGGAAUUGAAUUUAUUUGUAAUUAAAUUUGUUUAGUUGUAGUUGAAAAUAUUGUUUUUCCCUCCUUACCCAAUUAAUUUUUAAGUUGUAUUUCAUUUUGAUUUGUUUAAUUGUUGAGACAAGGUUUUUUUUUUUUUUUUUUUAUGGUCAUGGUUAAGUUGUUUGUGCAAUAGAAUGUUUGACUAGCUCUCGCUUGAUUAUGAUGGAGAUUAUGAACUUUGGCUUUGGAAUUUAAAUCUGCCUCUUGUUCUGUUCUAUGGUAGAUAAGAAAUGAGUGCAGGCCAUUAUUUGUGGGGAUGUUAUUGUGUGUUUUGUUGUAGGAACUAAGAACUCUUUUGCAGGUGUUCUUUGAACAAUCUGUAUUUCAGAAACUAAUAAGCAGAUAGCAAGUGAAAGUGUUAAAAAAGAACCAAGGGCUUGAUCAGUGCAAGUUUUUGAAAGAAAAAAUUGGAGAAAAGAAGAAAACAGAAAUAUGGAAACAAAAGGAAAGCUAGGACCUGUUAGAAACAGAACUAAAAAACUGGAAAUGCUUGAGUAUAUACUUUUAUUCCAUGCCCAUGUACAUUGGACUUUUUUUCUCAUCAGAUUUGAUGAUAUUUAAUUAUGGUUGAUUUGAUAGCUCUAGAAUUUCUUACACCAAACUCUUGAAAUUUUUUUUGGCCUUUAUUUUAAUUUUUCUUAAUUAUUUACUACACUUGUCUAGUUCUUAUCAUAACUUUCACACUAAAAAAAAAUAGACAUUUAGUUUUAUAUCCACUGCAUUAUGAAUUUUGCUCUGCUUUUCUCUUCUUUUCUUUUCUUUACUUAUUUAUUUAUUUUUUUAGUUUACUUUUUUUUGUUGAUAUGAAGACAUAUAUUGGUAUGGUAGGCUUGAUGCUUUUUGGCUUCGAGAGCUUUCGCUCAUGCAUUUUAGCUGUCUGCUUUUUUGCCUUUUGUAUUUUGGUUUCUUUGGAUUAAAAGGUUCCUUCAGUGUUGCUGACAUCGACUGGUCAUCCUACUAUUUGUAGUUUCUUUAUGACGUGGGUAGAUUUUCAUAAAACUGUAUAAUAAGAAAGUGCAUCUAUUCUAUCAUAGAUAUGCAUGGCUUAUAUGAAGUCCCACUUCCUGUUACUUAAAGGCCAGGCCUUACCUUCAACGUUAGGAAAGCAAGUUUGAAGUCUUUUCUAGCAUUUGAGUACGAUAAGAAGCCAAUCUAAUAAUAUAGGAUGACUGUCUGCCAGAUUGUUGUCACAAAGGAUAAGAGUUCUUGUGGAAUAAUGUUUACUGUUGCUUGUGAUUUGGUCGAGUUAUUUUUGAGUUCAUAGAAUGGAUCGGUGUGAUACAUCAGGAUUUGUUAGUGGGGGUGCACUGUAAUCUUUUGAGGCUCUUUGAACCCCUUUAAUCCUUUAUUACAACCCCAGAAGUUGGGCAAACUGUUUUAUUACAAUUGUUAGUUGGUUUGGGUAGGAAGCUUUACAUCUGUUAAGUAGAUGGACAACACUCCUCGACAUCUUAUUGCUAAUUUUGCCUCAAAUGUGUCAAACAACCUGUGCAAAGUUGGAGAUACAGGAGUUGUUUGUUCCAGUGUUGCUGCUUUGCAACUUCAUUCUCCUGAUGUUUCAAGCUCUUAUUUUUCAAAUUCCAGUGGAAGCAAAAGAAAAUGGGGUGUCAAUGGUGGUUCUGUGAACCUGCAGGACAGCUCUUCUCUAGUUCUUGGUUUGGACCGUUCAUUAAGUUCUUGCACUACCAUAUCAUUGGGGAAAGAAAUUGAGGAGGGGUCUUCAAUCGAUCUUGGUUUGAGUAUCAACCUCCUUGAGAGAACAGCUAAACAAAAGAAUGUAUCAUGUGAGACUCCCAAGGGACUGCAAGUGGAAAAACCAAAGCUAGAACUUGAGCUGAGUUUGUCUACUGGGCCUUCUGAUUCUGAUAUAACUUCUGUUACUCAAGGAUUCCCCCCAUUCCAGAAUAAUGUGGAGUCUCCAAUCACAAUUGGUGUAGUUCAAUUUGUGGAUGAAAGGUCAACGUCAUCUCGAUGGAAGCUAAGGCCUCUUGUGCUUCCAUUGCAUACAUUACAAAGCACAGAGAGCUCUACUCCUUUUGACCAUGGUCUUACUCAUAUCGAUCCAACUCCAGUUACCCCAAACCUCUCAUCAGUCACGGUAAUCACACCAAAAGGCUCAGUUGCCUGUGCUUCUGGGGUAACUCAUCAGCAACAGCAUCAGCGACAGCGACGCAAUACUAGUGUAAAAACCUGUCAAUUCAAUGGAUGUACAAGAGGAGCAAGAGGUGCUUCUGGCCUUUGUAUUGCCCAUGGCGGUGGCAGGAGGUGUCAGAGAGCUGGCUGUCAGAAGGGAGCUGAAGGCAAGACAGUAUUCUGCAAGGCCCAUGGGGGUGGCCGGCGUUGCCAACAUCUCGGGUGCACGAAGAGUGCCGAAGGCCGAACAGACUAUUGCAUUGGCCAUGGAGGAGGUAGGCGGUGCAGUCACGAGGGUUGCACCCACGCUGCAAGAGGGAAAUCUGGCUUAUGCAUCCGGCAUGGGGGUGGCAAGAGGUGUAAGAUGCAAAAUUGCUCUAAGAGUGCUGAGGGCAUUUCUGGCCUAUGCAUCUCCCAUGGCGGAGGCCGUCGUUGCGAGUAUCCUGACUGUACAAAAGGUGCUCAAGGUAGCACAAUGUUUUGCAAAGCACAUGGUGGGGGUAAAAGGUGCACGGUUUUAGGGUGUACAAAAGGUGCAGAAGGGAGCAAACCAUUAUGUAAAGGCCAUGGUGGGGGGAAACGGUGUUCGUUUGCAGGGGGAUGCUUGAAGAGUGUUCAUGGAGGAACCUUAUUUUGUGUUAAUCAUGGUGGGGGCAAGAGAUGUGCUGUGCCUGAAUGCGCCAAGAGUGCAAGGGGUCGUACAAAUUUUUGCGUCCAUCAUGGUGGAGGAAAAAGGUGCAAAUUUGAGGGAUGUGGGAAGAGCGCACAGGGAAGCACUGAUUUUUGCAAGGCACACGGUGGAGGGAAACGUUGUUCCUGGGGCCAAUCAGGCAUUCCUUGUGAUAAAUUUGCUAGGGGGAAAUCUGGUUUAUGUGCUGCCCACGGUGCCCAGGUGCAAGACAUGAAGAUCCAUGGUGGCAGAACAUUGGUUCACACACUGCAUGACCCGCACUCCAUCACAUCCAACAAGAUGAAAGGGAUCAACCAUGCCAAUGGUACUGAAACUGCAGGCAGAGUCAGUGCAUCAAUUAAUUUUAUGGGUUAUGGGCAUCCUGUGCAGGUACCGACCCAGGACACAAAUAGUUGUUUAGUUCAGUUUUCACUUCCAGAAGGUAGGGUGCGUGGAGGAAACCUAAUGUCAAUGUUAAGAGGCACUACCGGCUUCGGAGCAAGAACCAAUAAUCAAGUAGUUGGUGGCCCAUCAGAGCCAGGAACAUCUAAUCCUGUGCCUCACAACUGGGUUUAAGCAAACUUCUUUCCUUUUCGUUGUGUUGGAAUUGGAUCUGCUUUUAGCUAGUAGUUUAGAGAUUUGGUGAUUAUGGAUGAGAAAUCAAAUUCUCAUCUCAGUGAUUUCCUCAAAAACUCAUUUGAGAUAAUAAUGGGGAAAAUAGCUUGGGUA